ACUGCAAGUUAAUUUUAUGUUUCUCGUGUCGCUUAACUGAGUUAACUCGCUUUGAGGAAGCAGAAAUGGAGAGAAGGUCGAGUAGUGCUUUAUUUCUGGUGUCAGUCUUAUUAUACUUGCAAGGCGUACGAGCUGAAGGGGGUAUACUGUAUGCUAAUUCAACUAACCUAACUCUUUACCAGGACAAUCCAUUUCGUGUGGCAUUUUUAGCAAGGCUUAGAGUGGUGUGUCCAGAUCUAGAUUAUGGUCUUUAUAGAGUGAGCCAAAAAGGAUAUAACAAUUGCUCUAAUGAUGGACAACAAUUGAUUGGUCAUUGUGGUAAUACUGGGAUACUCAGUGAAAUCAUUUACUCUGUCCCACUGUCUGGUGGUUUAGCUUGGGAGGUUGACAUGACUUAUUAUUUGAUUUUUAAAUACACUGCUAAUGAAAGUCCUGCUCCUUGUGAUGAGGGAUAUAAAUUCAAAGUUUUCGUCUACGAUCCAAGAAGUACAUCUGUAACUCCUACCCCUACUGCUAUGCCCAUGUCUUCUUCUUCUUCUUCUUCUUCUUCUUCUGUCGUAAUCUCUUCAAGUUCUUCUUCAAUCCUCUCUCAGUUGCUGACUCCUUCUCUUUCACAGUCAAGGAUUCACACAGUGUCUCCUUCUAGUACUGAGACUGUUACUAGACCUACUCGUGAACAAUCAUCUUCUUCUACUUCUAGUGUUGAAAUAAAAUCAACAGAGGUUCAAGCAACGUCAACAAGACCUACCCAUACUCCUACUAUAUUUCCAUCAACUGCUACUAUUUCUGGUGCAGCUAGUACAACAGCAUCAUUGACUCUUGCAUUAUCAUUAUUGGCACUAUUAUUGAUCUUACUCUUAUGAAGUGUGUAAAAUAGAACAAUUAAAUUGAGUCAUACACACACACGUGCUCUCUUGUCCAGGUGUUCUGAUCUGUGUUUUGUAUGGAGACAUAUGGUGGAUAGCAUCUGUGAAAUAUAUAUCUUAUACAUCUGUGUGUAUGU